AUCUUGGUUGGGCGUUCCAAUUUCUCCCAUUCAGUUUAAAAGAAAUGGGCCGUCUCUGCUAAAUAAUCUUUGACUCAAUUUCCCAGAGUUGCAACAGAGCAGAGUUGACUUUGUGAGCGCCGUACAAACUCCCCCAAUAACAAGACACCGAGUUCAGUGAAUGAAGUGAAUUGUUCGAGGGAACAUGUCAGCAGUAAAUGAAAACAAGACUACUCGAGGUGGAUCAUAAAGGACAAUGAACAGGAGGAAAAGGCUACACUGAGAGAAGGAAAAAUGGAUGCAAGACUCCAUUUUGUAUGUUUAGCAACGAAUCAACUCUGGCUGUUUUACUAAAUUCUCCUUUAGUUUCUCAUCAAGUCUACCAUCUUCUGUACAUUCAACAUUUUAGCACCUCAUCAGUUUUAUCAAAUAGAACAGUCACCUAUACAACUUCUUGACCGGGAAAUCAAAAAUAAGCCACAGAAUGUACCAAGUAAUACCAGGAGGCGCAGGAGGAACCAUAAUUGAUGGCGUGCCCAUUAAGAAGAUAAACAAGGACAGUCGGCCUCUUGUGGGGGCAGGAGUUAUUGGUGUCAUCCUGGUGAUUGCCGCCGUGACAGCAUGGUGUUACUAUAUUGCCUCUCUACGUAAAGCUGACCUGUUGAAGACAGAAUUACUUGAUUUGAAUAAGGAUGGUUUUCUCAUCCGCAACCAGGCUGGGGGGAUUGUCUUGAAGAUGGGAUUCAGGUCUGGCACUCUUGAUCUGGACUCCUGCUCUAAAGAGGGAGUGAUCCUUCGUUGCUCUCAUUCAUAUGCAGGUAAGGUGAACUUCUUCAUUAUGACUGUGAAGCCGAAGGAGACAGUGAUGUGUUACCGUGUGCGCUGGGAAGAGCUGGAGUCUGACCGGCCUGUGGAACAUGCUAUGUCCUACAACGAAUCGCACUGGUAUGGUGGUGCUGAGACUGCUGUUCAGCAUUGGCCUAUUGUCAUCUCAGGCCAGCAAGCACCCAAACCUUUUGUCACCAGCGAUGUGUACUCCAAUCGCCAUGAUUUUGGUGGCAUCCUGGAGCGCUACUGGCUAUCAUCCAAUGCCACUGCCAUUAAGAUCAAUGACUCUGUGCCCUUCCACCUGGGCUGGAAUGACACUGAGAAAAACAUGUACUUCCAGGCACGAUAUCAGGACAGUCCAUAUAAACCUGCACUUGGAAGGCCUCCCUAUGCUGAGCUCAGCUACAGAGUCUGUGUGGGCCCAGAUGUGACCUCCAUCCAUAAGGUUAUGGUUCGCAGAUACUUCCCCAAACCCAACAAAGUGCCUGCUAAGGACAUGUUCCGGCACCCCAUAUGGUCAACAUGGGCUUUACAUAAGACUGACAUCAACCAGGAAAAGCUUUUGAGUUAUGCAGAGAACAUACACAAAUAUGGCUUUAACUGCAGCCACUUAGAACUUGAUGAUCGCUACACUAGUCAAUACGGGGGGUUUGAGUUGGACUCACAGAAAUUCCCAAACGCUUCUGCCAUGUUUCAGAAGCUCAAGGCAGAUGGCUUUCUCAUUUCUCUGUGGACACAUCCCUUCGUGAAUUAUGAUUCUGCUAAUUUUGGGCCAUGUGUACAGAAAGGCCUGUUCGUGAUGGAGCCAACAGGCCAACUUCCUGCUCUGGUAAAGUGGUGGAACGGCAUUGGUGGAAUCCUUGAUUUCACCAAUUCAGAAGCUCGAAACUGGUUCAUGUCCCAGCUUCGCUCUUUACGCUCCAAAUACGGUGUUUCCUCAUUCAAAUUGGAUGCAGGCGAGACCAACUACUUACCUUGGCAGUUCCGAACCCGAGCCCACCUCCCUGACCCAAGCACCUUUACGCGGCGGUACACCGAAAUGGCCAUUCCUUUCAAUGAGCGUGCUGAGCUUCGCGUUGGGUAUGGUUCUCAAAACAUCUCUUGUUUCUUCCGUCUUAUGGAUCGGGACUCCGUGUGGGGCUAUGAGCUUGGCCUAAAGUCCUUAAUCCCAACUGUCCUCACCAUUAGUAUUUUGGGCUACCAGUUCAUCCUUCCAGACACGAUUGGAGGCAAUGCCUAUUCCAACCGUACUGAUGGCAAUGGAAAACUGCCAGACCGUGAGCUCUAUAUCCGUUGGCUUGAGCUUUCUGCUUUCAUGCCCUCUAUGCAGUUCUCCAUUCCUCCAUGGGAGUACGAUGAUGAAGUGGUGGCUAUCGCUCAGCGGUUUACUGAACUACAUGCAACACUAGUGGCUCCCAGAGUUAUAGAAUUGGCUGGAGAAGUUCUGGACACCGGAGACCCCAUAAUUCGCCCAUUAUGGUGGAUCGCCACCAGUGACGAAACCGCUUAUAGAGUUGACUCACAGUUUCUGAUAGGAGAUGACUUGAUGGUGGCACCAGUUCUAGAGCCGGGAAAGCAGGAAAGAGAUAUCUACUUACCGGCUGGACGCUGGAAAAGUUACAAAGGAGAACGAUAUGAUAAUAAAGAGCCAAUACAUCUAACUGAUUAUCCUGUGGAUCUUGAUGAAAUUGCAUAUUUUGAAUGGGAUCAGUGAGACAUGGAAAACAUCUGGAGUCUGUGCAUGUGUUCCAUGCAAAGCAUUUGUGAAGUUGUUGAUGACUUUGUUAGUUGCUUCUGGGAAUUGACUCGUUUUUUUUCAUGUCACAUGCAGGGUUUGAAUUCUACGAUGUAAAAAUGGGACAACAUGCCUCUAUUUAUGAAGGUCCCUGUUGUACAUUUUAUGAUUCACCUUUAAAGAAAAAAAAUGUUUUAGAUGUUGCUUUUUUUGUGCCAUUACAACAGUUAAACAGGAUAUACAUGGCUUAAGCUAAUGCAUUAAUCCAUGCCUUGUGCUUUAACAGUGAAUGUCUUUGAGAUGCCAUAAUUUGUGAUCUGAGCCUUAAUAUUAAUAGAAACCUCUCCACAGAGGUUAUGGAUGUAUUGUAAUGGCUGUGACUGGUUAUUUUGCACAAUGUGUGUGCAAAAUAUUUAAUUAAAAUGAAUAGUUCACCAAAAAAUAUGAAUUCUGUCAUUUUAAACUCACCCUCAUUUUGUUCCAAAACUGUAUGAAUUUCUUUCUUCCAUAGAAAGCAAAGGUUAUCUCCUGAUGACUUAUUUCUCUAAUGAAAGUGAAUGAGGACCAGGGAUGUUGAGUGCCAAAUGAAGAAGAAAAAUAAAAGCACCAUAAAAGUGUAACGACUGUGGGCACAUUUUUGGUCUUUUCCUACCACAAAAAUAUAGUGAAGUGAAACAGUUGGAAUUUAAUGCACAAGGUGUAUGAACUACUAUAAUGAUACUUUUAUUGUGCUUAUUGUCAUUUAGCACAGGAUCAGUCCCCAUUCACUUUUUUAUUUUUAUAUGAAAAAGAGUGGGCAUGGUAUUCUUCAGAAAUUCACAUUUUGUUUUGCAGAGAAUGUCAUACAGGUUUGGAACGACAGAAUUUGUAUUUUUGGGUGAAAUAUCUCGUAAAAAGGGAUUUUUUUUUUUGUUGUCAGUACUGUACAUGAGUAUUCUUAAUUUAGGCAUACUUAAUGAAUUUCUAAAGUUCUCCAUUAAGCAAUCUACUUUUUUUCUCUAGAAUGUAUGAAUUUGCAAGUGUACAUUUAGACUAUUAAUGGAUGACUUUUUCUGCACCCAGAAGCUGUGCAUGCUGCACAACUGAGCAUAAUCUGCCCUGAUCCAGUUUUUUUUAGCACUAAUACUGAAUCAAAUUAGAAGCAUGUUUGAGUAUUUGGUGCUAUGUUACCUGUAGCUGCAUUGGUCUGAAAAUGACCAAAAGUCCAACUGCGGUUAUAUGUAAUCAUAUAGUGCCAAAUACAUCACCAUCAAGCCUUGUUCAAGAAAUACUCCAUUACAGACACAUUUAAUAAAUAAUGUUUCCUGUCUAAUAGUUCACAAAAAUACUAAUCCUGUCAUUAUUUACCCUCAUGCAUUCCAAAACAGUACACCCUUAAUUUUGUAAUACAUUUUUUAGUGGAACACAAAAAUAAAAUGUUUUGUAGAAUCGGUUAGCAGUUUAGAUUUAAAACACUGUGUCAAUGUCUUUGAUUGCAAAUUUGCUUUAACACCACACUCUAUUUAAAAUUGUGGAUGUGAAAACUGGCUAGACACGCACGCACUUCAGGGGAGGGCAAGAUUAUCAGUGAAUAAUUACUCCAAUUUCGGUCUGUUCUUCAUGCAGAACUUCACACAAAAUUGUAUGGCUUUGCAAAACAUAUAGUAUGGUAUGGACUCCUUUUAUGGUGAUUUUGGAUAUCGACAGAUGUGAUCCCCAUGCAUAAAGAUUCUUAAAAAGGUAUACUUUUCUGUUGCAUGUAAGAAAUAACAGCAUACAGGUUUGAAACAACAUGACUGUGUAAAUGAUUACAGAAUUUUAAUUUUUAGGUGAACUAUUCCUCUAAGGUAUUAACGUUUUAAUGGAUAGAUGUGCUACUCAUCUUGUUUUGACUUUUGUGUGUUUUGCAAUGAUGGUACAACACUGAAAGUUUGGUCUGUUAAUCUUUAUCAGAUUAUAUUUUUGGUGCACAUGGGUCAGCUUUGUGUUUGUUGUGUUUGUUUAAUGCUCUUCCAGCAUGCCAGCAAUCAACUUGCUCGCUCACUGCGCACUUUUUUCUCUAAUCUACGACUUUCAAUCUUAUUUUAAGCUCUUCCCACACAAUUACGAAAAGCGCACUCAUCCACUCUGCCGUAACAAUGGCUGACUUUGUCAAGCAAUGUGUCUGAUCUAAAAUCAGUUACAGAGUACAAAGAUACGUAGUGGCUGCCUUUCCAGUACAUUGGUGUCAGAGAACAGUUUAAUAUAGCAAAAAAAUUGUGUUGCUUUGUGAUAUUUUAACGACUUCUUUGAGAUGUGCGCUCUUGUCUGGUGUAAUUUUCCGCACUGGGAAGAAGAUGAGAUGAGAUUAAAUGUCCUUGUUGAUUCUACCAUGAGAUCAUUUUGUUAACGGGGCCCUGAAAGUGAGGGUCCCUGGUUGCCUCAGUCAGACUGUAAAAUGCUGAUAGUCUGGAAAUUUGCUAGAGAAAAACCACCAUCAGCUUUCCACAAACUGGAUUUUCAUGUUUUGUUUUGUUAUUUAGCCUGUGAUCACAUGAGCAUUGAUAUUUCUAUGAGCAAAGAAGUUGCUUAUUAAGCUCAUAAUUUUGACUGUGUUUGUUUAAAAUAUUUGAAAUGUUCUCAUUACUGCCAGCUGUGUGUGGUUUUUAAAAGGUCUGUUAAUAUGCAAAAUGCCGAUGACUAAUACAAUUAAUUUUUAUUUCAAAACAGAUGGUAGAAAAAUAAAGUAUUUGUUCACUUUGUU